AUGCACGUCGACCAAGACUUGAACAAGACACAUCCAACACGUUGCACGCGGAGCUGUCCCUUGGGUAUCCCUAUCAUCGGAUUCACACCCUCAAGACCUCACAAUACGAUGACUUGGUCAAAUAUAGAUAACUCUGAAUUCUCUGAAGCCCUGCGCCAUGCUACUACGUGUCGGUUCAGUUGGUCCUCCACAUCUGGCUGCAAGCUCGUGCAGCUUCACCUCACGGAUGGCUUCUCAAAGCUACAAAACCCCAGAGCAGCCACCACGUUUCGCCCGCAAUACCCCUCUAUUCCUUCCAGCCCUAUAUAUCCGAUCUCAACGCGUGUUUGUCAUUUCAUCCCGUGGCAUUGCUGCAGUGUCGGGCACCAAAUCCUCGUCAUCAUUGGCCGAACGCCGGACAGCUCACAUGCUACGCGAUCAGGCGACUUACCCUACUUCCGCAAGUCCAGUCACUUUCUAGAUGCUGAAGAUCAAGAUCGACUUUAUGCGCCUUCAAACUCUGCGCAGGUGAACGACACCCUCAUAAUCAUCUCACAACGUCGUUCAGAGAGUCAUACGUGCCUUGAAAUUGACCCAAAUCAUCCGCAAUCUUUGAUGAUGUCCGACUUUUCCUCGGAACGUCCAAACACCCGAGGUCAGCUCACUGGAGGGUUCAUGGAGUUUCCACUAGCUUUUGUACUAUUUCAAGAGGAUCUACCGCAUUCUUUGCAAGCCCCAGUCGGCUUCGGCCGUUUCCCCGCAUAUGUUCGGGGUGUCGAUCCCCUUUCACAGUUUUGUCCUGGAAACACGCUGGACCAGCUUCCCAAAAUCUUCCUAUACGCGAGCUGCUCCUCCUCACCCACUACCUCCGCCUCAACACACCUCAAAGCCCUCGCUCAUCACCCCGGAACAUCCCAACCCUCUACGUCCACUCCUCUCCAUCAUCACCUUCUGCUAAUUCCGGGUUCAAAGGGCGUUGAUAUUUUGAGUGCGAAAGGGAGGAUACGACCGUCUUAUCCCUCCCAAAUACUGGAGAAAGAUGGAGUGGGGACCAUGGAUGAUAAGGACGAGUACAUGUACGCGUGGAGAACUGCCAACUGCCUCCUCAAAACGAUCAAAACUUUCACGCCACCCUAUACGCCCACAUAUGCCGUCCUCGACCUCGGUGGCCCCUCUACGCUAAAUCGUGUUCGAGCUUGUGUUCACGUCCUCGGAUAUGCAGCUCGAGGAGGGAGAGCACAACUACGAUCUGCAGAUCAGUGGCCGCAGCUAUGUGUUGUAUCAGUACUCGUAUUUUGGGGUUCGGCCUCAUUCAUGCACGGACACGCUAGUGGACUUGAUGUCAACGUUUCAGGGUAUGAAGCCGAAGGUGGUAGGGGGGAACCCGUGUCUUGCGAAGGGGACACGGAGAAUAAGGACGAGGCACUGGACGUUAAGAGGAAGGCGACGAUGGAUGGAUGGACAUUAGGUCUUUCGAUGCAUGUGAUCAGGUCAUGCAGCUUGUGUCGGCGAAAGACGUGUUUGAUCUUGAAGCUUGACCACCAUCAUGGGCUCGUCCUCGACCAACAUAUCCAACACGUCGCGCAGUCUACAGGGCCGCCAGCUAUCGCUCUCAAUGGCUUUCCACCCUCAAGACCUCACAGCAAUACCGAGCUCCAAUCACCUGGGCUUGGCUAUUCCUCCAGCGCUGCUGUUGUUGGACGUUACCUCACGUCUUCUCAACUCCUAUUCGCCUUGGAUGCCGUAUCAUUGCCGCGGUGUUGGAUAAUUGCACAGAGAAAGCCCUGGCGAUUCGGCUCGGACGACAUGCCACAAAUUCGACAGCCAACCAUCCUUGUACAUUGCCCCUGUUGUGCAAGAAGAGGACCCACCACCGUCCUCUGUCAAACACUCAUCACCACCAUCAGACACCCAUCACCACCAUCCACUUGCGAGGCUAUGGUCGUCAACCAUCCAGCAGCCACAGACCAAUCGGCGCUCCAGCCACCCGAGUUCACCGACCUUCUUUCAGCGCCAAUUAUCACAACUUCUCACCACCUCCCACAAGGCGCAUCGUUGACUGAACCGCAGACGACUCACAUGUUCCUCGAUCAGGCGACUCAUCCCCCUUCCACUCGUCCGAUGACUUUCUAG